AUGGGUAAUUGUUGUGCAAAUACUACUCAAGAUAAGGAAUUUUUGACAGGAAUAUAAGCUCCAAUUUAAAUAAAAAAUGAAGAUAUAGAGAUAGGAAUACAAACAAAAAGAAAAGAAUCAAAUGAAACUCCAAGUUCGCCAAUUAGAUCAGAGAAAAUUGAUGUAAGUUUUAAGAUUAAAAUAUAGCACAGGAAGAGAACUAUGGAAGCAUUAAGAGUUAUAGGGGAGUAUUGAUUAAUAAUGCUAAUGUACAUAUACAUUCUUUUAAUAAGAAAGAUUUUUGAUACAUAAAAUUCACUUGCUUUAUAGAUAUUUAAGUCUUUAGGUAAUAAUAGUAUAGAAUUUAAGGUCCUUUUCCAUUUGCAAUAUUAAAAGAUCAAACACUUACUUAUAUAGGUCCAGUAUAAAUUGAUGAUGGGUAUAUUUGUAUUUGUAAUAAGAAUGAUUUACUAAGGAUAAUGGUAUGAUGGAAAGAGACAUGGAUUUGGGAAAUAACUAUAUUCAUUAGGAUCAAUAUAUGAAGGGGAGUGGAAUAAUGAUUAAUAAUAAGGAUAUGGAAGAAUGGUUUUACCAAAUGGAGAUUUGUAAAUAAAAUACAUAUGAAUUAAAAAGUUAUGAAGGUUAAUGGAUUAAUGAUAAGGCUUGGGGAAUUGGAAAAUAUGUUACUAUUGAUGGAACUUCAUAUUAUGGAGAUUGGGUUGAAGAUAAAUAGCAUGGAGUAAUAUAUUAAAUCAUAAUGAGAAAGGAAUUGAAUAAUGGAUUAAUGGAUAAAGAUAUGAAGGAACUUAUAAAUAUGGAUAAAAAACAGGUUAUGGUAUAUUUGAAUGGCCAGAUGGUUCUAAAUAUGAAGGUGAAUUAUUAGAUGGAAUGCCUCAUGGGAAUGGAGAGUAUUGUUGGAAAGAUGGAAAAAAAGUAAUUAUUCAUAUAUUCAUUCAUUAGUAUAAAGGAUAAUGGAUGUUUAAUCAAAUGAAUGGAUAAGGAAUUUAUACAUGGCCUGAUGGAAAGAUUUAUUAAGGAAAUGUAAUUCAAUUCUAUUUAUUUUAGUUUGAAAAAGAUUAAAGAAAUGGAUAUGGAGAAUUAAAUUGGUCUGAUGGAAGAAUUUAUAAAGGAAAUUGGAAAAAUGGAAUAUAAAAUGGAGAAGGCACCUUCAUUUAUAAUAAUAAAAUUAGAAAAGGUGUUUGGUUAAAUGGAUAACCUAUCAAAUGGGGAAAGAGUGAAUUAUUAUCAUUAUAAUAAUGA